UGUGAUAUAUGUAACAUGUCACUCCCUGAGACUGAAUAUGUGGAGGUGGGAGUCACCGGCCGGCAAUGCGUCUCCGGAUUUGUGGGUUGGGCUCCUGCUCCUAUCUUGUUUAGCUGCUAGAACAGAGGGUACUCGGCAUGUCUCUGAUCGUACCCGCGAAAACCAAGCGUGUCUACUUGUCCAAACGCCCAAUAGAAGGCAUCGAGAAAGACACCUUUGUCUCGGAGACAACCUACGUUAAACAACCAGGUCCAGAUGAGGUCGUAGUGCGCGUCGAUAUCGUUUCGCUCGAUCCCGCCAUGCGUGGCUGGAUUCGCGAUGUCCGCUCGUACACGCCUCCAGUCAAAAUUGGGGAAACAAUGCGCGCUGGUGCACUUGGAACCGUGUUGACGAACGGAAAAACGCUCAAGAAAGGUGAUAUCGUGCAGGGGUAUCUCGGCUGGACUGAGUAUUCGACCAUCAAGGAGAAGUUUUUGGAAAAAGUUGUAGCGCCGCCAGGUGCGAAUCCUGUCGAUUUCCUGGGCCCGCUCGGGAUGAUCGGCAUGACCGCGUACUUCGGUAUCCUCUACGUUGGAAAGAUUAAGCCUGGUCAAACCGUCGUAGUCUCGGGAGCAGCUGGCGCCACAGGCUCUCUGGUUUGUCAAAUCGCCAAGAUCAAAGGUGCUAAGGUUAUUGGCAUUGCUGGUGCGGAAGAUAAAUGCAGAUGGCUAGUGGAGGACCUGGGUAUCGAUAAGGCGUAUAAUUACAACGAACAAGGGUGGCACAGCCGGUUCAAGAGGGAAGUCGGUUAUUUGGAUGUGUUCUUCGAUAACGUUGGUGGAUCGAUCCUUGAUUUCAUGCUUACCCGCCUAAACCUGAACGCGCGCAUCGUCCUCUGUGGCACCAUUUCGGAGUACAACUCGUCGAAACCACGGGGGUUGCAAAAUUACCAGACUCUCACGGCCAUGCGAGCGAGCAUCCAAGGUUUCAUCGUGUUCGAUUUCACGAACGACUAUCCAAAGGCUGUGGCCGAUAUGGCUCAGUGGAUCCAGGAGGGCAAAUUGAAGCGGAAGUAUCACAUCGAGUCCGGACUUGAGAAUUGCCCACGGUAUCUCCAGAUGCUGUUCCGUGGUGAGAACAGGGGAAAGCUGUGAGUAUCUUCAUUGAUAAGUGGCUCGUGUCCUGAGGACCGGCGGACCCCCCUUCAGAUUGGUUAGAGUGACGGGAGAAGCGUCUAAAUUGUG